AUGUCUGCCAGUAAGCGGAUUCUGGUGGGUAGUGAGAUGAGUGUACAGUCUCAAGCAUUCAACAGCAUAGCCAUUAAGUCCUCCGCAUUGAGCAGAGCAUCUGGGAACAUGAAAGCAGAUGGAUUGUCCUUGAGGAAUUUGACUAUUAGUGGGACAGGGUUGACCACUGCUCAAAACCAUGCCUCUUGCAUUACACUAUGUGCAGUUGGUCUCUUUGUGUGGGAAGAACCGCACUCUAUAUUUGCCGGCUGCGGUGUAGUGGGAAGCUGGUGCCAAGGUACACUCAUGUUCAUGCAAGAAACAUGGCAGAGAUGGGCAAAGGACGAGAAAUUUGGGGCCUCCAGGUUGGAGGCCUCCACACUUGUAUCAGAGCCUUUACUGUUCUCAGCCACCAUACUUGUACUACGAGUGUGGCCAGUGCAGGCUUCCCUCAGUGUUCUAAUAGAUGCUGAGGUUAUGGGCCCUACAGACCCUGCCAUGUCGCUCACCAACUCAAUUACCGUCACAACUAUCACAAAGCUCUCAAAAGAUCUGUCAAACUGGCCAAUCUACAAAGAUAGAGUAAAGACAGCCAUUGAAUCAAAGGUUGGCUUGUCACAACAUCUGGCUGGUGCUUCUCAGCAACCAACGGAGCCAGCCCUUCCUCCAGCAGAUGCAAAAACUGAGGUCAUCAAUGCAUAUGAUAAAGCCCCAUUUAACAAGAUGGCCCUUUACUCGCAAGGGGGUUUCAAGAAAGGAAAGGGGAAGAGGGGAAAGAAGGCCAAUGAGUCAUUGAGUGGCAAGAAGUGUAACAACUAUGGACUAACCAACCACAUUGCUGCUGACUGCUUCCGACCUGGUGGAGGGAAGGAAGGACAGUGGCUAGCAAGCAUGCAUCGACCAGGUGAACACAAGAAAGCGCAUAAUGCAGGCUCGGGAAACAUAGCUUUUGUUGAGGAGGAUGACCCCAAAUUUGGGUUCUUGGCAUCUUUUGACUUUAACUGCUGA